UUUUUCACAAUCAACACUUUUGUUUUGGGGUUAAUGAAAACAACGCAAAAUAUACAUGUAUACUGACUUUGACCAUUCCUAAUAUCUAAGUGAGUGAGAGAAAGAGAGAGAGAUAGAAAGAAGUAGAAAGUGAAGAGAUUUUGAGAGAGAAAGAAGUCGAAAGUGAGGAGGUUUUGAGCGAUGGGUUGGAACACUGGUUUUGAUCGGAUUAAACAAGAACGGAAGGACUUGGGUUUUUUCAAGAUCUUUCAGAGUGCAGAUUUGUCCUCUGAGUUCAUGAGAGCGUUUCCAUACAACUUCAUGAGCAAAAUCUCUAAGAAAGACUUCUCUUACAAGAUGGUGAUAAGAGCGCAAUGGGGAAAGUCUUGGAAUGUAAAAGUCUCCAAGAAUACGAGAUACUACUACAUCGAGAAGCGUGGAUGGGAUCAGUUUGUGAGUGACAACUCUUUGGGAAGAAACGAGUUUAUUACUUUCAUUCACAAAGGGAAGAUGAUCUUUAAUGUCCACAUCUACGAGCAGAAUUGCAUGGAGAUCCUCAUACCUCGAAAUCUCCUGUCAAUGGGUUCUUCUAGUGGAAUCAAGAGAGAAGAAGGAGACUGCAGCUACAAAGAUGUGAAGAAGGAAAAUGAGGAAAUAGAUGAAUCUCCUGGACGAGUUGAGAUCAAGAUAAGAAAGAAGAAAACUGAAGUGACCAAGACAUCCAAGAAGAAGAUGUUGAACAAGAAUGUGAAGAAUGUUAUGGAAAGAGGUGAAUCUUCGAGAGGAGUUGAGCUCAAAGCUAUGAAGAAGAAAGGUGAGGCUUCCAUAUCAUCAAAGAAGAAGAAGAGCAAGAGCAAGAGCAAGAGCAACAAAAAGGUCAUUGAUGGUGCUCCAGAAUUCGAAAUCACCAUUAAGAAAUCAUACCUCAAGUUCCUGGCAAUCCCAAAACAGUUUGUGGAUGAUCAUCUCCCGCAGAAGUCUAAGAUGUUCACGAUUCGUCACCCAAAAGGGAAGUCAUGGAAGGUGCUUUGUUUGGUGAGGGAUGUUCGGACAAUCUUCUCAGGUGGAUACUCGAAACUGGCUAGGGAGUUCCCUAUAUCGGUUGGUGACAAAUGCACCUUCAAGCUCAUCGACACCUUCGAGUUUGUGCUAGAUAUCUUCAAGAAGACUAGAGAGGAGAUCCCUCACUGCAUGAUCGAUUGAGGAAUGAAUGUUGUUAAGCAGUGUCUUUUGCUUUCUUAUCUAUAAUCUAUGGAGACUGGUAGAUCACUUUUAUGUAUUUAUGACGGUUAAGCUAUUAUUCUGUUCUGUUUUGUGUGUUUGUUGUUUCCUUGAGAGUACUCUUUAGCUUAUAAUUUCUGUUGAACUACGAUGUGAUGAAUUCUUCUUAGGAUUAUUAUGCAAAUCUAUAUCAAUCUUAUGCAUGCUUCAAUCUUUGCCUUCAGCAGA